CGCGCAAAGAACAAGUUGUUCACGCGUACAAGUUGAUCAUAAAUAAUGCAUUUGGAAGUUGACCCUGCAUUGUGAACUCCGUGUCCUUCGCCAUUUCCCACUUCUGAUCACCAACUCUCCUUUGGCCAUGGCUGCCAGUGCCUUCCUCUCUUCCUCUUCUUCCUCCCAUCCCAGCUGGACCUACGAUGUCUUCUUGAGUUUCAGAGGCGAAGACACGCGCAAGAGCUUCACCGAUCACCUCUACUUGGCUCUAAGAGAUGCCGGAAUCAACACCUUCAGAGAUGAUGACAAGCUCCGAAGCGGAGAAGAUAUCGCAUCCGAACUCUUGUCGGCAAUCCAAGGGUCCAAAAUUUCUGUCAUUGUCUUCUCUAGGAACUACGCUGAGUCCAAGUGGUGCCUGGAAGAACUUGUGAAGAUCAUGGAGUGUCGAAGAACGGUAAGGCAACUGGCUCUGCCAAUCUUCUACGAUGUUGAACCGUCGGAUGUGCGCCACCAAACAGGUACUUUUGCGAAAGCAUUUUUGAAACAUGAAGAGCGUUACUCGUUGGACAAGGUAAGCACGUGGAGGACAGCUUUGUCUGAGGCUGCUAAUUUGUCCGGAUGGGAUCUAAGAAACACUGCAGACGGGCAUGAAGCCAAGUUUAUUAGGAAAAUUGUUGAAGCGGUUUCAAAGGAACUCAACAGCACAUACUUAUAUGUCACACUCCACCCAGUUGGAGUAGAUUCUCGUGUGCAAGACAUCACCUCAUUGUUAGGGGUUGGAGCCAAUGAUGUCCGCAUGGUAGGAAUUUGGGGAAUGGGCGGAAUUGGAAAAACAACCAUUUCUAAAGCCAUAUAUAACCAACUUUUUCAUAGUUUUGAAGGUAAGAGUUUUCUUGCAAAUAUUAGGGAAACUUCUAAGCAACCUGAUGGUCUGGUUCGAUUACAGAAACAACUUCUUUUUGAUAUCUUGAAGAUGAACAAGACAAAGGUGAAUAAUGUUGAUACAGGAAUUGUUACAAUACAAGAAAGACUUUGUCAUAGAAAGGUACUUGUUAUACUUGAUGAUGUAGACCAGUUGGAGCAACUCAAUGCCAUAGCUAGAAGUCGCGAUUGGUUCGGCCCAGGAAGUAGGAUUAUUAUAACAACUAGAGAUGAGCAGUUGCUAAAGGCAAUUGAAGUGGACGAAGUAUAUACAACCAAAGAAAUGAGUGAAAUUGAAUCUCUAGAGCUUUUUAGUUGGCAUGCCUUUAGGAAUAGUUAUCCCUCUGAAGAUUAUAUGGACUUGUCAAGAAGCAUCGUCGCUUAUUCUGGAGGAUUACCACUAGCUCUUGAAGUUUUGGGUUCUUUUAUAUUUUCUAGGAGCAUGCAAGAAUGGGAAAGCACAUUGGAGAAAUUGAAAAGGAUUCCUCAUGAUCAAAUUCAAAAAAAGCUUAGAAUAAGCUUUGAUUCACUAAGUGAUAGUACUCUAAAGGAUAUAUUCCUUGAUAUAUCCUGUUUCUUUAUCGGAAUGGACAAAAGCUAUGUUAUACAAAUAUUGGAAGCAUGUGGUUUUUUUGCAGAGAUUGGAAUUAGUGUCCUUAUUCAGCGGUGUCUUCUUUCAGUUGGUGAGAGAAACAAGCUCAUAAUGCAUGAUUUGCUUCGAGAUAUGGGAAGAGAAAUUGUUCGUGAAGAAUGCCCCAAAAUACCGGGAAAGUGCAGUAGAUUAUGGCUACAUAAAGAUGCACUUGAUGCAUUGGAAAAGGAUGAGCAGGGAACAGAAGCAGUUGAAGGACUUACUUUAAAAUUUUCAAGAUUAAAUACGGUGAAUUUCGGUACAAGAGCAUUUAUAAAGAUGCAGAGAUUGAGAUUACUCCAACUUGAUCAUGUACACCUCAGUACUGGAGAUUAUGAACAUCUUUCCAAAGAGUUAAGGUGGCUCCGUUGGCACGGAUUUCCGCUAAAGCAUUUGCCAAACGAAUUUUACUCAAGAAAUCUAGUCGCGAUUGACUUGCGAUAUAGCAAUCUCACACAAGUUUGGAAAAAUUCCGAGCAACUGUUCGAGAAGUUGAAAUUCCUGAAUCUCAGUCAUUCCCAUUACUUGAUUCGGACCCCUAACUUUGCAAGACUCCCUAAUCUUGAGAAACUAAUACUCAAAGAUUGUAGGAGUUUGUUUGAGGUUCAACAAUCUAUUGGAGAUCUUAAUAAUCUUGUUUUGGUAAAUUUGAAAGAUUGCAAAAGUCUCGAAAGUCUGCCAAAGAGUUUCUAUAGGUUAAAGUCUCUUCAAAUUCUCAUUCUUUCUGGUUGUUCUAAAAUUGGCAAUUUGGCUGACGAUUUGGGGCAGAUGGAAUCCUUGACAACUUUUCUUGCAGAUAACACUGCUAUAAGACAAGUGCCACCUACCAUAAUACAACUGAAGAACCUCAAAUACUUGUCACUUUGUGGGUGUAAAGGAUCACCAUCUAAGUCACUCGCUUCACUUCUUUGGCCUUGGAUGUCUCCAAGGAAAAGUCCCAAGUCAGUCAUGAAUCUAUUACCUGCUUCACUACGAGGCUUGAACUCACUAAGAGAUUUACGUCUUAGAGAUUGCAAUUUAUCAGAUGAUGCUAUUCCUAAAGAUCUUGGGAGUUUAUGUUCCCUUGAAUUUUUAGAUCUAAAAAACAAUCAUUUUCGUAGCCUACCAUCGAGCCUUGGCGGUCUUUCGAAGCUUCAAACUCUAAUUUUGAGUAAUUGCACAAAGCUUCAAUCUAUUCCAGAUUUACCACCAAAUUUGAAUGUGAUGUGGGCAUCAGACUGCACGGCAUUGGAAAGAAUGCCAAAUCUAUCAAAUCUCUCAAAUAUGGAACAUCUAUGGCUCACUAAUUGCAAUAAAUUAGUCGAGAUUUCAGGCUUGGAUAAGUUAUUGAAGUCCAAUUGCGAGAUUCAAAUGGUAGGGUGCAGCAGUUUAAUUACAAAAAAUUUUAAACAAAGCAUCCUAAAGGUUCACUCUCUCUCUCUCUCUCUCUCUCUCUCUCUCAAAAUACGUAUUUUUUUCAAAGUUCUGCUUAUAUACAUCAUGCUUUUGAUGGUACAGGACUGUACACCGAGUGAAUUUAGUGGUAUUUUUGGCAGAUGUAUACUUGGCAGUGAUAUUCCUAAUUGGUAUCCGUAUAAGGAAGAGGGACCCUCCGUAUCUUUUGAAGUGCCUCGCAUUAUUGAAGGGAUCACACUAUGCUUUGUUUAUUCAUUAUGUCCUGACAAGAUGGUUUAUCGUGAUCCUACCAAUUAUGUCACUCUAUGCAUUACAGUAAUCAAUUAUACCAGGAGUACGAAUCAGACUAAAAAGGCAACAAACUUUGAUCUAACAAUCACCCAUGGCGUUGAAGAUCACAUUUGGCAAGCCAAUUUUUCUAAACGUUGGUUCGAUUUGGAGGCCGGUGACCAAGUAAAGGUUAUCGUAGAUUGUGGGCCAAGAGUCAAUGUUAAGAAAACAGGGGUUUUCCUAACAUACGACACGGUUUUUGAUGGAAAUAUGUUUCCUUAUGCCUCUACAUCAAAUAAGGAUGCCAUUGUUGUUAUUGACGAUGGAGAUGCAUCUAUAGAUCAUGUUGCAAUCGAGCCUAAAAGUGGCCUUGGUGAUGAUCAGGAGCGGAGACGAGGAUCCCAUUUUAGUCGAAGGAACAGAACAAAAUACUCCUCCCAUUUUGUUCCAAGGAACGAGAGAGAAAACACCCAUUGUUUUCCAACGAACGAGAGAGGCUAAAAGAUUGAGGUGUGAACAUAAUCCUGAUGUUAAAGCAGAAUCAAGUUGUGGUUGCUUUGGCGACGAUCGAGAGGCUAAAAGAUUGAGGUGUGAUCAUGAUACUGAAAUGAGUAGAUGACGAUUGAAGAAAUUAAGAAAGCUCAUAUCACAAGAAGCAAGUGCAUUUCAUGACUCUUUUCCUUUGGACCCUUUUGAUUUUUUUCAGUAAUUGUUUGAAUUAUGAAUCUGGGUUUCUCGAGAUUUUAUUUGUAUUCAAAGAUCUCAAUGUUGAUUCUCAUUUUUCUUUUAAUUUUGUUGACAUUUAUUCUGAAGUUGUUUUAACAAGUUCUUUUGGCUUCGGUGGAGAA